AUGAUUUCCAUUACCAAAACAUCACAUUUCUUAAGGUUCAAGGAGAUACAAUACAGGAGCUUGUCACUGACUGCUGAAUUAUCAAGAAAGCUGACGGAAAGACCAUUAUUUCCUGUUAUUGUGGUUGGAGGUGGUCAUGCAGGAGUCGAGGCAGCAUCUGGUUCAGCGCGGACUGGGAUAGAGACUACCCUUAUUACUCCAGAUGCUUCGAAAGUUGGAGUAACAUCAUUUGCCCCUUCCAUUGUCGAUAAGGCUGGAAUUCAAUUCAAAAUUUUAAACCGUUCGAGGGGAGCGGCCGUGUGGGGACAUAGGGCGCAAAUUGAUCGCAAAUUGUAUUUGAAUGAAAUGCAAAACCAUUUGAAGACUUACCCAAAUUUGAAUAUUUUAGAAGCAAGGGUGGAUGAUCUAAUUAUUGACGAGUCAAGCUCGAACGAGGAGGGACAAAAAUUUAGAAGGGGAAAGAUAUGUGGAGUUGUACUUUCGGAUGGCGAACUUCUCCGUUGUAAUAAAGUUGUUAUUACGACAGGAACAUUCUUGAGCGCAGAAAUACAUUUGGGUCUUGAAGUGUGGCCUGCCGGAAGAAUAGGGGAGGAUGCAUCCUUUGGUUUGAGUAAAACCUUUCAGGGUUUGGGCUUCAAAUUAGGAAGACUAAAGACCGGAACUCCACCUAGAAUUAGUUCAAAGACAAUCGAUUAUUCUAAGGUGUUCCCCGAACCGGGCGACGAUCCUCCUGAACCAAUGAGUUUCUUGAACGAAAAGCCAAAGAUUGAAGAACAGUUGUUGUGCUACUCUACUUAUACUACCCCUGAAAUGCAUAGCCUGAUUCUCUCAAAUCUCGAUAAAAGCAUACAUAUAAGGGAGACUAUUAAAGGUCCAAGAUAUUGCCCAUCGAUAGAAUCGAAGCUUAUUAGGUUUUCUGAUAAGCCGAAACACCGCAUCUGGCUUGAGCCUGAAGGCUUGGAUACAGAUGUGGUUUACCCCAACGGAAUAUCUUGUACCAUGCCAGCAGACAUUCAAGAUAAAAUGUUGAAGAAUAUCAUCGGACUAGAAAAUGUGAAGAUGCUUCAACCUGGGUAUGGGGUAGAAUAUGACUACAUUGAUCCAAGAGAGCUUAGGAAAUCAUUGGAGACGAAAGCAGUGGAGGGGUUGUAUUUGGCAGGUCAGAUCAAUGGCACAACAGGCUAUGAAGAAGCUGCAGCACAAGGAAUAGUUGCUGGAAUAAAUGCAGGACUUACAGAACAAAAGAAGCCGCAAUUGAUUCUCGACAGAUCCGAUGGCUAUAUUGGUAUUCUUAUUGAUGACCUGAUUACAAAGGGUGUCGAGGAGCCUUAUCGGAUGUUCACGUCCAGAUCCGAAUUCAGAAUUAGUGUUCGCGCAGACAAUGCUGAUCUGAGAUUAACAGAAAAGGGUUACAAUUUGGGCUGUGUCACAGAGAAGAGAUGGAAUGCGUUCAGCAAAGACAAGCUGAUUUACGAAAGCAGCAUUGCAUUUUUGAAAGACUUCAAACUAACAUCACAAGAUUGGAAUCGUGCUGUCGAAACUUUAAAAAUCAGGAUGGAUUCUAGUUACAAAUCUGCAUUUGAUUUACUCCGCUAUGACAACAUUUCUUUGGAAACGCUUCUUCCAGUGCUGAAGAAUCCAGAGCUUGACAGACUGCCAAGAAAUCUCAAGCAAAAAAUCGAUGUGUUUGGAAGCUAUCAAGGCUACUUAGGGAGAGAAAUGGCUCAAAUCAGAGCUUUCAAAAGUGACGAAAACUUGCUUCUUCCUCCAAACUUCGACUAUUCUGAAGUUCCAGCUCUUUCAAUGGAGGCAAGAACCAUUUUGAACGAAACCUCACCGGAAACAAUAGGUCAAGCACGAAGAAUUCAAGGUAUCACUCCGGCAGCAAUUUUUGAGCUAUACCGUCUAAUCAAAAGGGUUUAG